AUGUCAAAUAGAAAUGUUCCCGCAAAUACGACAGAAGCAGUAAUUCCAUUCAUUCAUGAUAAACAGAUAAAUUAUCAACAACCUAAACUUAGCAGAAAUGUUCGUAUACAAACAGAAUUAACUGCAAUCGAACUCGAUGAUGAAGCGGAAAAUUAUCGAAGAUACAAACGAACUAAAAAUAUUGGUAUUCAAGCAGGAUUUACAGAUGUUAGCUUGGACGAUCAACAACACUCAACAAAUCCUAGAGCCAGAAGCAAGAAUAAUUCAACACACAAGUUCGAUAGAACAGAUAGAAAUAUAAAUCGAGAAGGAACAGAUUAUCAAAGACAAACAAUGAUAUUAGAAGAAGAUCAAAAACUUACACAAACUGUUAUUAAAGAUAUCACUAAAAGUGAUGGAACAGAACCAAGUCCUAUUCUAGGAUAUUCGGAAGGACCUCUGUUACCACUUGCACAAGCAUGUGCUCCACUAACUGAUAUUUUUCAUAAUUUAUCAUUCUAUGUUGAAUUAGCAUUGAAGGAAACUCCUGAACAACCACCCGAUGGAUUAUCAGUUGAUGAAAGUGCUGCAAUUCGUCUUUAUACCAUUGAAUGGGAUAAACCUCAUCGAAGUCUCUAUUCAACACUUAAUUUUAAUCUUAAAAAUAAUGAUCGUGAAGGUCUUCUACCUUUUCACAGAUAUCUCAAAUUGUUCUUAACUGCUCUUGUUAAAUUACCAUGUGUUCCACCAUUAACUGUUUGGAGAGGAGUCACUAAAAACUUAAGUGCAGAAUUUCCACCGGGUACUGCUAUGACAUGGUGGGCAUUUUCAUCAUGUACUACUGAAAUGACUGUACUUGAAAAUAAUAUGUAUUUGGGACAAGAAGGUGAUCGAACACUUUUUUCUGUUGAAGCUAUGAAUGGUCGAACAAUCAAAGCACAUUCACAUUUUGUUACUGAAGAUGAAAUUGUUCUUAUGUCUGGUACUCAUAUGAUAGUUCAAUCACAACUUAGUCCAGCAGCUAAUCUAUAUAUUAUUCAUUUGAAACAAGUAGAACCAGAAAUAAUGACACUUGAACGACCAUUUGAAGGUGCACAUAUUUAUCCAAAAAUUCCACGUCCAUUUUAUCGAAAGAAAAGAUUUAUGAUUCCAAUUUGUUUAUUGCUUACUCUAUUUAUUGCAGGUGUUAUUAUUGGUGUUAUUUUGGGAACAAAAUCAAAAAAUAUGACACCUUUAAAAUCUGUAUGCAACAAUCCAUUUCAAUCACAAGCUAUUCCUGCCAGCACUGGAAAUUAUCCAUCAUCUGCUAUACUAGGUUACUUUGAUAGGGACACAUAUCUCGAUGCGGCAAUAGUGAAUUCAUACGAAAAUAGUGUGACUGUAUUGUUAGGAGUUAGAGAUAAUAUUUUUCAAAGUACACGACCUCUUACGGGUGAUCAACCAUCUUGUAUGAUAUCAAUUGAUCUGAACAACGAUAAGAACAUGGAUUUGGUAGUGACUAAUACAGCAGAAGAUUCAGUUACGGUUUUAUUUGGGUUUGGAAAUGGACUUUUUCGAGCUCCAGCCGAUUAUGUAGUGGGUAAUAGUCCAAAUUUUGUAACAUCAGCUUACCUUAAUAAUGAUACUCUACUGGAUUUAGCAGUAGUAAAUCAAGAUGAUUCUACUGUUACUGUGCUUUAUAACAGUGGCAAUGGGCUAUUUCUAAAUAGUACAACCUUUUCAGUUGGUCAGUACCCAUCGGUCAUAUUAUCGGGCGAUUUCAAUGGUGAUAGUAAAAUAGAUUUAGCGGUAUCGUACAAUUGGUCGCCCAAUAUUGGUGUGCUUUUUGGUAUUGGGAAUGGUUCUUUUAAUGUUGAAAUUACAUAUAAUACUGGUUACUAUCCAACUUCGAUGGUAUCUGCUGAUCUAAAUAAUGACAACAAAUUGGAUUUGGUAGCAGCUAAUAGUGUUGAUGGCAGUCUCACUAUACUGAUUAAUAAGGGAGAUGGAAAUUUUACGACUUCCACUCUUAAUUCGAUUGGCAAUUCCUUAACUUCUUUAAUAACUGCUGAUUUUAAUAAUGACAGUUACGCAGAUUUAGCAGUAACAAAUGCCCCUUCGUACAGUAUUAGUGUGUUACUUGGUAAUGGAAAUUCAUCUUUUCAAUCUACCAUCUCGUAUUACCUUGGUUACUAUGCAUUACAUCUUGUAUCCGGUGAUUUCAACAAUGAUAAUAACAUAGAUUUAGCAACAGUAAAUGAUUAUGAUUACAGUGUUAGUAUCGCACUGGGCAUUGGAAAUGGUAAUUUUGCAAGUGAAAUUAAAUAUGAAACUAGUGUCUAUUCAAAGUGGCUAAUAUCAGCUGACUUAAAUAAUGAUCAAAAUCAAGAUAUUGCAUUGAUUAAUCAAAAUAGUAACAAUAUUAUUGUAUUACUUGGUAAUGGAAAUGUAAAUUUACAAGCUCCACUAAACAAUACCGUCGGUGCCUAUCCGAAAAAUGUUAUCUCAGCUGAUUUCAAUAAUGAUAGUAAUCAAGAUUUGAUAGUCGUCAAUCAAAAUGAUAGUACAAUCGAUGUACUUUUUGGGCGUGGAGAUGGUUUUUUCGAUACAGCAAUUAACUACACCGUUGGUACAUUACCCUCCUAUGUAAUAUCAUUUGAUGUCAAUUCUGAUAAUAUACUCGAUUUAAUCGUAACAAAUCUUGGAGAUAGCACAAUAAGUGUGUUACUUGGUACAAAAACUGGAACUUUUCAAAUUCAAGAUCCAUAUCCGAUUAACGGAUCUUUAACUUGUCUUACAUCCGCUGAUGUAAAUAAUGAUGGGAAACAAGAUUUAAUAGUAACUAAUGGAAAUAAUAAUACAGUUAUUGUAUUAUUUAAUACUGUAAAUGGAACUUUUACAUAUUCAAAUGAUUAUAAAGUUGGUCGAACACCAAGUUUUAUAACCUCGGGUGAUUUUAAUAAUGAUAAAAAUAUCGAUUUAGUAGUCGCUAACUCUGGUUUUAAUACUAUCAGUGUACUUAUCAAUAAUGGCAAUGGAACGUUUGGUAAUGCAACAAAUAUUGCAGUUGGAAAAAAUCCAUAUUUUAUAUCAGCUGGUGAUUACAAUAAUGAUGGAAAUAUAGAUUUAAUAGUAGUCAACAGUGGCAGUGAUAGUCUCAGUGUAUUGUUGGGGUAUGGAAAUAGCACUUUUCAAAAUCAGCUUAGGUAUAGAACAGACAAUCAACCAACUUCCGUAGCAAUCGGUGACUUGAACAAAGAUAAUAAAUCGGAUUUAAUUGUUACAAAUGCUAAAACUAACGAUUUAUCUAUUUUUCUCAACAUAUGCUAA